AUGAACAAGGACGCCCCUGCCGCGAAGUUGUUGUCCGCGCUGUUCGAGAAGCUCUACCCGAACGAUGAGAAUCUACCCAAGCGGAUCCUCCUCGUGUCGGCGCACUUUGAGUCGGACAGCAACGGGUUCGAGAUUUCCAACGCCGCCUUGCCCAAAAUGAUCUUCGACUACUACGGAUUCGACGACGAGGCCUACGACAUUGACUACCCUGCUAAGGGAGACCCUGAGUUCGCUCAGAGGGUCAAGGAGCAGCUCGAGAAGAACAAAAUCAAGGCGAAGCUGGUGAACCGCGGGUUCGACCACGGCAUCUUCGUCCCGAUGUCGUUGAUCCGACCGCAAGCGGGCAUUCCGAUCGUCACCAUGUCGACCAAUUUGUACUUGGGCAACAAGGCCCACUUCAACUUGGGCAAGGCGCUUGAGCCUUUCCGUGAUGAGGACACGCUGAUCCUCUGCUCCGGUCAGUCGACGCACAAUCUUCGUGCCCUCCACAGCCGUAGUCCUGUCCUAAUCGAGGGAGCGCGAGCAUUCCAAAGCUGGCUGGACGAAACUCUGUCUUCGGAGUCCAAGCUCACUGUCAAGGAGCGCCGGGAGGAGCUAAUUCAUUGGCAGGAUGAGCCUGCAUCUCGGUUCGCGCACCCGACUCCUGACCACUUCAUGCCGUUUCUUGUCGCCGCUGGAGCAGGAAUGGAAGAGAAGCAGCCAGGAGCAAAGGCGUUCUUCGGUGGGUGGACCAUUGGCCACAUGUCCUUCGCCAACUACGCUUGGGGUAUUUAG